AUGGCCACUCUCCCAACUGGCUGGGAGUGGGACUAUGACGGCAGUCGAUGGCUCUACCGAUACAAGCCUACCGGCCAUGUCCAGUACCAUUUCCCUAAUGCAGGCGACGAGUUUCCCGACUAUAUCGACGCCAGGUCUCCGGCGCCAGACCUCGCGCCUGAGGAGCGGCUCGAGUCGCAGCAACAAGUCAAACGACAUGCGAGCGUCAGCGGGACCCCCGUCCGCGCUGGGGAAGACAGAGAUAGAUGGAGAUCGCGCAUGUCCGCAACGGCGCAGCCCGUCAGCGCAGUCUGGGAAGACGAUUUUGUCAGAGAGGACCAUCAUGUGGAGGAGGCGGAGGCGGAGGACGAGGGGGGAGUGUUUCAGCCCGAGAACUUCAUGUUCCUGGGCCCGGGCGCAUAUACGGAUGUAAGUCCGCUGAAUGAAGAGGAGGAAGAGGCCGCGAGGAGGACAGUGGUGGGAGAGCUAAGGAGUGGACAAUCGACGGAGAAUAGACGUGUCAGCCCCAUGGUGAGCCAGAAUACGACGCCAAUGGUACGGCCGACCGAGACUGUGGCCAGUGGAUCUACGACUGUCGUGGACCAACGAGCUGUUGAGCCACCACCUGUAAUGCGUCGUGAGGAGCAAACAACACUGGUAUCCCCGCAGGAGUAUAUCAUGGGGGGUGAUAUCGUGGGAGAGGCGAGUGCACCAGUUGACGAUGGAGGCUACCACUAUGAGAUGUACGAGCUUCCGGUUGAAACCGCCAUCCCUAUGCAUCUCCAGUUUGAUCCCGUGGGUUUCGUGGCCGAGAUGCCGACGGAACACACAGCAUCCGCCCGUGUUGAGACACACCCCGAACCCAUUGAACUGGCAGACAACUACGUUAUGGCGCCGAUUGAGACGGAACCGCGGCCUGGCUACGUGGAGCUACCGGUCGAGUUCAAUCCCACGGAGGAGGGAGCUGUGCGACAGGAAAAAUUAUCAGAGGAACAACAGUUGGAGCUGCGGCGACAGGAGGUGAGGCGACAGCAAGAGGAGAGGCAGCGUGGAGUGCAACAGAGACAGGAGGAGAGGAAGAGACGGGAAGAAGAAGAGUUACAAAGGGAGCUGCAGCAACAACAGCAACAACAGCAGGGCGAGGCUCAAAGCCCAUCUCAAGAACAAGGCAACGACGUCCCAAACCCGUUCAAGAUUGCCAGGAAACCGACACUUCGAGAAUCCAGCGCCGCUUACAAUGCCUAUGCCGGCAGAGGUCAGACGCAGGAGGACUUUCAGGCUUAUGCGCCAGGCCAAGCCUUUCAGCAAACUGUACAGCUCGCGAAUGCACUUCCGGCGCGGAUAAUGAGCCCGGCUCUGCAACGGGAGGCAUCACUAAACUUGAGCAUGAGGCCCCAAGAUGGCUCUGCUCCCGGAGUGGUCAAAUAUCCUUCUGUUCUUCGGCCUGCUCGAGGGAAGCCUGGACAGGCGCCAGAGGGACAGGACGCCAUGAAAGGCCCAGAGCAAGGUUCUAGUAUCGACCCUACCAAUAAAGAUGCUCGAUCAUCGGGAUACGAAUUCGUUGCACAUGGACAACACCCUCCGUCUAUGACACCUGCCCCCGUCCCGGCUCCGGCACCAGCUCCAGUUGUCGCACAGCAAAUUUCAUCACAGAACCCUCCAGCUCCUGUCCAGCAACCUUUUGGCAUCGCAACUGCUCAACCUCCGGCUCCCAUACAAAGACCAUACACGACGGAACCAGAUCUCUCAAAAUCCAAUUUACAAAUUGCUCAACAAUAUGCUGUACCCCCCGUCCCACUCAAAGUCGCAGCUCAGCUUCCUUAUCCAACGGAACCGGUUACGAUGCCGCGGCCACCAAUUGCUCAUACAUCCACAGCACCAUAUCCGCUCGACGACGCUCCGCCGGUCGUGGCCCCGUAUGGGCCACUGCAGAACCAACAACCUAUGAGACCUGCAAGCGCAAUGCCUGUCCUUCAGCACCAGUCAGCGGGGUCGGCUCCAGGUCGGCCGCAACAGAUGCCCAUCAGAACAGGCCCUCCGCCUCCCGGGUCUGUGAUAGUGCCCGCUGGAAUGGCGCCGCGCUCGGCCACGGCUGGCCCGGCACAGCAUCUUCAACAGCAACGUCGGCCAUCUUACCAGCCAGCAGGGGAUCCGCGACAGAAUGCCGUUCCAGCACAAAACUUCCAGCCUCCCAGACCGCAGAGUGUCGCUCACCCGGGGGUUUAUGCUAAUUUUGCGAGCCACCAAUCACCACCGCCCCAAAUGCGGCCUGUCCAGCGCCGGGCAACUCAAGAUGAGAUUCUACCAGUAUCGCCCAUACGGUCUCGAUCAGAGAGUUCCUCAUCCGGCCUUCCUAUGGAAACACCAUCUCCGCUAGAGUCUCGAAGAGGAUCUUCGAAUUCCAAUAUCAACAACUCCUACUUCGCCUCCACACCUAGCUCUCAGAGCUCAGCCUCAGUACCCCCUUUAAAUACAGCAUUGGGGAGACCCCCUUCUCAAGAGCCGCUCCAAUCUCCAAUUCAUGGCGGUGCUCCGAACCCCAAUGGGAAACAGCCGUCCACAUCUCCUGUUGGCGCUGGGAACGAUAGGUCAAAGAGGCACUCGAUGCCACAACAGCAACUGGCAAAUGUGAUGCAGGGGAGUUCACAGGGCAUGGCAUUUCCUCAGCCUCAGAUGCAACCAAGCCUAGAUCAAAGACAAGCCGGGGUGCAACGGUCCCAAUCUUUACGCCAAUCUAGAUCGGCAGGCGAUGUGACCAACCAAAACGUGCCACAAUCUCCCACGAACAUUGGGCCCUCCUCUUCUAGUCACCUCCUGACUAGUAUUCAGGAGCGUGACGAGACUCAGCAUGCCGCAGCUGUAGCCCCGUUAAAGGUUAACCAGAGAAAGGUUCUUACCAAGCCACCUCCUUUUGCGACGCCUACGUCUCCGUUGGAUAAACGUGGGCCUCAGCAGCAGUUUGCCCAAGGGGCUCCGGCUCCGGUUCCUCUACAGACUCAGGCACCGCAGAAUAACCAGCAGCCACAAAUGGUGUCGCAGAUACCGCCAAGCAAUGUGGCGCCGCUUCGCCAGAACGUUAUUCAAGGUCAAGGAAUACCAGUACAGCAAAAUGCUAUCCAAGGCCAAGGAAUACCUCUGCAACAGAAUAUCCAUGGCCAAGGAAUGCCAUUGCAGCAGAAUGCCAUCCAGGGUCAGAGAAUACCUUUACAGCAGAAUGUGAUCCAAGGCCAGGGAAUGCCACCGCCUCAGGCAGUGGCUCCUCCAGGGCAUCAGAUGGCAUAUGGCCAACCCCCUCAAAUGCAUAUUGCGCCACUGUCCGCUGCUCCUCUGAACCAAGGGGGUCCGAUCUUUCAGCCAGGCCAAAUCCAGACUCAGGCAAUGCCCAUGCAGGGAUUACCAUUUGGUCAGCACGCACAGCCGCUUCCGCAGCAGUAUCACCAGCAACAGAUGCUUCCCCAGACUCUUGCCAACUCGCCUUCAGUGGCUCAGCCUGGUCCUCUUCCACCCUUGCAGACGCAACAACAGACAUCUCCUACUAGUGGCAAGGAGAACAGAAAAUCAUGGGGAAAGUGGUUCAAGAGCAGUGGAUCCAAAUCCGCUGCCCAAAGCCCGGUGGUUCAGAAGCCGCAGCAUACUUUUCCACCUGUACCCAUCCCACAGCCAAUGCCUGGUGCAAACCAGUCAUUCCACAUGCAAGCGGGAGGUCAGCAAUAUCCCAUGGGCUUUCAAGGCGGACAACCAGCUCCAAUGGCUCAGCAGCAGAUGCAGUUUCAACAAGCUGUGCCAGGGGGCUCUACAAUGCAUAGUCGUGAUGCAUCAGAUGCGGCAUCGGUCUCUACGAUAUCGUCUAACCUGAAGUUUUUGCCAUCGAAGAACCAAGCCAUUGGCCAAGACGCCUCGACGCAGCAAUUCUCCAAUGGCAUGGCCCCUGCUCCGCUGUUCUCUGGACCGUCUACGCCGGUAAGACCGGCCGCGGCUUCACAAAAUAAGUGGGCGGGCAAGUCUCCCAUUGACUAUUCCGGAGGUGGCUGGGGGGAUGAUGAUGACGACGAGUAUUCAUGA